AUGUAUGCUGGCAAGACCACGACUCAGCCGAAGAAAAUCACUGCGCCAACGAAGCCGGCAACUACCACUGCGAUUUCCACAAUCUGUACCAAACCAGUUCCCAGCCGUAAGAGCACACCAGCUUCGGUAGACAGCACAAGGAAACGAUCAUGCGACAUCACGUCAGACGACAGUGCCGAAAACACGAUGGUAAAGAAAUCGCGUUUCGGGACGCUUUUGAAGGACCUCCUUCAGCAAGCCAGCAAAAUGCUUCUGCAGGCCGCUUCAAAGGUAGAACAAUUCGCACCCGCAACAGUCUCGUCCUCAGAGGCACUAAAACGCAUAGAACCGCUAGAGAAGCAAGUGAAGAAACAUCAUCAGCAAACGACGACACAGCUUCAAGAAAUACGAGAGGCCACAUCUGAAAUCCAGCAGAUCACACCAAUGCUAAAGCUGAUCGCUCAGAAAAAGGCACUGAUUGACGGAAAGGUUCAAAAGAUGGCCACCACUUCCAAUGUCAGAGAAGGAAACCUGGCUCACGGGAUUCGCUUGGACGACAUCGAGAACGAAAUCAAGAAGCUCCAUGAAGGAAUCGUCUUACCGGAUGUGCAAAAGCUGUCAUUUGACAUCAAUAUGAUGCACGGACGCUUCGACACACUAGAACGACACCUACUGCUUCCACCACCGACAACUGCGCCGCUGACAGAACGACACGCAAGAGAGGACCGCUACAAAGACUUGACAGGAGUACACGACGACCGCUACGACAAUGUACGACGGUCACGAGAUCAUCACCACGACGACUCGAGACGUGGUCGAGAAGUUCACCCAGAAGAUGUCAUGCGAGGAAAGGACGAUCGCGAUCUGAGUCGACACUGA